CGAGCGCUUCCACUUCUUCAAUAUUCAGAGAUCGUAAGGGGGAAGUUACACGGGAAUUAAGGCGAUUUUUCGGACAUUUUCCCACCCCUGAACAGGAUCUUAGCUCAGAUCCUGACACAGAAAAGCAUACAGUAUGGUUGUCGUAACAGCAGGCGUCGGAGGGGCACACAAAGUCCUUCUGAUAUCGGGAAAACAAAGCGCUUCGGCCGGCGCGACGCAAAGCGGAUUCAGCCGUUCCAUAUCUGUCAUGCUAUCGAACCAGGCCUCCUCUGAUUCGGACUCCAACAACUCCGGACCACCAAUGCGUAAGAGGCAGAGACUCACACAUCUGAGCCCAGAAGAGAAAGCACUUCGAAGGAAACUGAAGAACAGAGUUGCUGCACAGACAGCAAGAGACAGAAAAAAGGCAAAGAUGGGAGAGUUGGAGCAGCAGGUCUUGGAGCUGGAGCUCGAGAAUCAGAAACUUGACCUUGAGAACACAUUGUUGCGAGAGAAGAUGAGUGAUCUUCUGAGUGAGAAUGAAGAGCUAAGACAAAGACUAGGGUUGGAUACCCUGGAAACAAAAGAUGAGGUUGAGGAGAUGGAGUCCAAAGUGAGCGAUUUGGGUUUGGUGACCGGGUCUUCUGAGUCCGCAGCACUCAGGCUACGUGUGUCCGCAGCAGGUGCAGGCCCAGCAGUUACCAAAUCUGAAGACUUCACCAUGGAUACUCACAGCCCUGACCCUACAGAUGAUGAGUCUGAUCUCCUGCUUGGUAUUCUUGACAUCCUGGACCCAGAUCUCUUCCUCAAGACUGGGAUCCCAGAUGCUCAGGAAGCUCAGCAGCCACUGCUGGAUGGGGGUGCCGGAGAGCAAGUACCUGCCUCCCCGUCUGCAUCUUUGGGGACCGCACCAGUUAAGCUGGAAGCCCUUAAUGAACUGAUCCACUUUGACCACAUUUACACGAAACCCGCCGAAGUGGCGUGCGAGGAGAGCAUUUGCGAAGUAAAAGAUGAGGAGUUUACAGACACCAUUGCUUUUUCCGCAGACGAUGAAGAAAUUGAAGUCCAAACGGUGUCCGUUAAAGACGAACCGGAGGAAGUGGUCAUCCCGGAGACGGAUGAGAAUCCCAGUGUGGUUGAUGACUUCCUAUCGGACGUCUCUUCCUUCAACGACUACGAGAAGGUUUCGUACCUGACAGAUGCAUACAGUGACUCUGGAUGCGAGAGAUCUCCAUCCCCUUUCAGCAACAUCUCAUCCCCUCUCUGCCCUGAGAGCUCCUGGGAGGACAUGUUUGCUUCCGAACUCUUUCCCCAACUGAUCAGUGUCUAAAAUAAAUUGCGUACAAAAACUCGCUUGCCUUUGCUCUUACCAGUGUAUCUGCCACCGUGCUUCAUAAUGAUGUACAAAAGAGUUUAAAUCCCUCUUAGACCAAAGGCGUUGCUUUAGGGCUUCUGUUGUAAUACUGCAGGUCUGUAUUGUAUGGUUUUAGCGCAAAGACUUUUUUAUUUCGUAGCGGUUCGAUGUACAAUUCAAGAGCAACUCAGUAUUUUUGUUGGGGAAAGAGAAUUGGGGGGGGUAAUUGUUUUAAAUGGAAAACUAUUUAUUUGUUUAUCUCUCUCUCUUUCGGAGUCUUCUGUAUCAUAAUCUGUCUUUUUCGGACUAAUUAAUGCUUCAUGUACAACCUAAUUUUAUUGUAAAUGCUCUCCUCGAUCAUAUUGCAUUAAAAAAAUAUUGCAUUGCACAA